CGAAGUCUCCCACUCAGGUCUGUCAGAGUCAUCCUCUGCUUCAAGCACGGCCAACUGAAGUCACAUAUCGGAAGUGUGAUGUCUGCGAAACGAAAGGCCUCGGAGUCCCCGCAGGGCUUGAUUGGACGUCCCAGUCCAUACCAUCCCUCCGUGACUCUAUUCCAGCCCAACAGCGAGCCCAGUUCCUCCCCCACUGUACCGUUGACUACAAGGCGCUCUCCUCGUAGACAAAAAAUUGUGAAACGCGAGGAUAGUAUGGAUAGUACGGAGAAGUCCACCGUAACUGGUGAUACCAGUGCGCUAACUAACAGCACUGUCUUGAAAUCUCCCAAGGCGGCCACCGCUUCCACUAGUUCGGAUGUCAAGCCUGACAGUACAACCCAUGCUAAAGCCUCCCAAGGUGGAUCUCCUCGGAAACGCAAAUCUGCGUCACAGGCAUCAGGUGCAUUCCAUCCUGCUCCUCCGAGAUGGCGCGAAGCAUAUGACAAGAUAAAAGAGAUGCGAUCGCGUGUCGUCGCACCAGUUGACACCAUGGGCUGUGGGCGUGCGCAACUCUUUGAGACGAUUCCCAAAAAUCAGCGCUUCGCCACCUUGGUGUCAUUGAUGCUGUCCUCGCAGACGAAGGAUGAAGUCACGUCAGCUGCUGUAGACAGGCUCCGAGAGGCAGUCGGCGGAAGCCUGAGCGUUGAUGCUAUCCUGCGUGCCGAUGACAGCACGAUAUCUGAUGCAAUUUGCAAAGUCGGCUUCUGGAGACGGAAAACAGAAUAUAUCAAGCGAACAGCUCAACGCCUUCAUGAUGAUUUUGACUCCGAUGUCCCGAAGACGGUAGAGGAGCUGUGCACUUUACCAGGCGUUGGGCCCAAAAUGGCGAUCCUUGCGCUUCACGUUGGAUGGAAAGUGAAUGCUGGCGUCGGCGUAGACGUCCAUGUACAUCGCAUUACCAAUAGGUUAGGAUGGCACAACCCUCCCACAAAGACACCCGAAGAAACAAGGUCAAACCUUGAGUCCUGGCUACCUAAGGAGCUCCGACCGACGUUCACCGGUCUACUAGUAGGCUUCGGUCAGACCAUUUGUCUUCCAAUUGGGCCUCACUGCGAUUCGUGUCUAUUGUCGGAUGGCCUGUGUCCCAGUGCUCGCGCCGCAUCGCCGCGGCGGUCACCGACUAAGAAAAGAGUGGUAGUUGCAUCGACGAGUCGUGCGGCUCCGAAGUUGGAGAUUGCUAUGGAGGAUGCAAAGGAUGAGAUCCUCUGAGUUUGAGCUCCGAGGGGCUAUUGUAGUGUCAUUUGAGAUUUCCGAAUGCUGUACUCCAAAUAAGAGAAAUGGGCCGCUGGCGAAUACUGCACUUGCCUAAUGUAGUAUGCGCGACCUGCUUUCGGUUAGUUCAAGUUGUUGUUCGGUACCUUCAAGGUUAACCAUAAUCUUUCCCAAUACUACUCGUACUUAGCUUCGCUCCGAAUCUAGGACGUUCU